AAAGGUGUACUUUUCUGAACGUACCCAACCGGCAGUGACGUAGAGGACUGAAUUGUGGGUAGACACGUGAUAGUAAAUACGGCAGCCGUGGACGGGAAGUGUCUCAUUUCGUUCGUGUAGGCAAGAUGUCUCAUCGAAAGUUCAGCGCCCCUCGCCAUGGCUCUAUGGGAUUUUAUCCGAAAAAGAGAUCGCAGAGGCAUCGUGGUAAAGUGAAAGCGUUUCCAAAAGAUGAUCCAACGAAACCUGUUCAUCUUACUGCAUUUAUUGGCUAUAAAGCUGGCAUGACGCACGUGGUGAGAGAAGCAGAUAGACCUGGUUCAAAGGUUAACAAAAAGGAAAUUGUCGAAGCUGUGACAAUUUUGGAGACACCUCCAAUGAUCAUAGUUGGUGUUGUUGGGUACAUUGAAACUCCACAUGGUUUAAGAGCCCUUCAGACAGUGUGGGCAGAGCACUUGUCAGAGGACUGCAGGAGACGUUUCUACAAAAACUGGUACAAGUCGAAGAAGAAGGCAUUUACAAAAGCUUCAAAGAAGUGGCAGGAUGACUUGGGUCGUAAAUCAAUUGAUCGUGACUUCAAAAAAAUUGAAAGAUACUGCAAGGUGAUCAGAGUGAUUGCCCACACACAGAUGAAACUAUUAAAGCAAAGGCAGAAGAAAGCCCACAUAAUGGAAAUCCAACUGAAUGGUGGUUCCAUUGCAGACAAAGUUAAAUGGGCACGUGAACACCUGGAAAAACCUAUACCUGUUCAGCAAGUGUUUGCUCCUGAUGAGAUGAUAGAUGUGAUUGGUGUUACAAAAGGUCAUGGCUACAAAGGUGUUACAUCUCGUUGGCACACAAAGAAGCUGCCUCGUAAAACUCACAAGGGUUUGCGUAAGGUUGCUUGUAUUGGUGCAUGGCAUCCUAGUAGAGUAUCAUUCACAGUAGCCAGAGCUGGCCAAAAGGGUUACCACCACAGAACAGAAAUGAACAAGAAAAUAUAUCGCAUUGGUCAGGGAAUUCAUGCGAAAGAUGGGAAGGUGGUGAAAAACAAUGCAUCUACUGAAUAUGAUUUAACAGAGAAGACCAUUACUCCAAUGGGAGGUUUCCCACAUUAUGGUGAAGUCAACAAUGACUUUGUUAUGAUAAAAGGCUGCUGUAUGGGGCCAAAGAAGAGAGUAAUAACUCUGCGAAAGUCACUCCUUGUGCACACGAAGAGGAAGGCUUUAGAAAAGAUCAACUUGAAAUUCAUUGAUACUUCAUCGAAGUUUGGCCAUGGACGGUUCCAAACUGCUGCUGACAAAACAUCAUUUAUGGGCUUGCUUAAAAAAGAUCGUAUUAAGGAAGAUACAGCUGUUGCAUAAUGUUUUGAUUGAAAUAAAAUAGAAUUGACAAGA